ACAUUCUCAGUGAGUGUCAUGGCCGCCGCCGCCGCCGCCGCUACUUCUCUCUGUUUUAAGGUUUUAUUUCAGCUUCAGGUAUAGUGAUGAGUGUCAGCAGUGCCAGCAGUGCCACUGAAGUAUACAACAUUGGCACUGUCAACAACGCUCUCAAUGACCUUGGUAUGCUGAGUGCCAUUACCGAGAGUCGCAAAGAGUAUCUUCAAGAGUGCCUGAAGAACAGCAUGGAAAAGGAGAACGUGGAUCAGGCUGGACCUUCCACCUCCCGCCGAGAAUCUCAGAAGAGUUCCAAGAGCGCCAGUUGUACCACCGAGAAAGAGAACACCAGUAUCGGUGGCUUUCAGGUGUUGACCAUGAACUCCACCAUUGAUCACCAGCUUCAGGCAGGCUUGGACUGCCUCGCUGGCAGCAUCAAGCGCCCCAGGCAAGGUGUACAAGGCACCUUCCACCGGCCGCCAGCCUGA